AUGCGCAAGAGGGCUCUGCGGCUCCUGCUGUUGGGACCCAAGAGCUAUUUCUGGGAACAUGCGGCGCGGUCCACCUACACGCAGCGCCAGUCCGCCACCACCUCUCCCGCUACGCCGCCACACGACUCCUCUUUGGAAUCAUCCCCACUGGCCACUUCCACAAUCAUCAACCCCACGAAAGCCAUUCGGCACUUGAAGCCCUCAUCCGCCACGUCAUACGACUCCGCUAAAAAAUGCCGUACAUUCUCCAGCGGCAUGGCGCCUCCCAGCUGUUCUCCUGUCCCGGGCGACUCCGCGCCCGUGACCGCCACCACGACCGUCAGCGCACCCGCAGAGGCCCUAGCCGCGCCACGAGCAGCAACAACAGCAGGCUCUGUGGCGGCAAAGUCGGGAGGUCGACACCCCUCCACCGUGAAGCAGUCUCGCAGCACGGGCCACUACCGCGGAGGUGGUGCCUCGCUGGCUGACGAACCCACAGAGCCGCUGCCGCUGCCACAGUCUUCCCAGUGCGCCGUUGCCGUCGGCACGCGAAACCCACAUCAGCACCGAGACGUACGCUACGCGGCUACUGCUCCCCCCCCCGACUUGAAUCGGUCUUCUUCACGGUGGGGUGCCGGAGCCUGGGGUGUUGUAGGAUCGCGCGCGCGAGGGCGUGCACAUGGCAUAGCAGCAGCGCCUGCGGCGCUUGGCGCUAGUGUGAUCACAGAAUUCAGUAGUCGUGCACGGCCCCCAGCAGAAUUCCGUACACAUAGAAGCAGCAGCAGCAGCAGGCCUGCUACCCUGGCGGCUCCGCCAGAUCGUGCUUCAGAUCAGCGGCUCCGAGACCAGCACCAUCAGCACCCUGUAGGCGAUAUCCUGGCCACAAUGCGCCAAGCCGGGCAGUCGCGCAACCUCCAGCUGCGGCGCCGAGCGGCUGCAAGCCUCGUUGCCUGGGUGAACCGCCAAUGGCGCGCUCCGGAACCCGCCGAUGCCGCCACCACCGUCGCAACCCUGCCGGCCGCUGCGGCCGUGGAGCUCGCCGUUCUGUGCUCCGAUCUGUCCCUCACCGAUACGGCAGUAUGGGACAUGCUGCUGCGGAGAGUCGCGGCCGAAGCGGCGGUGCCGGCGGCAGAGGUGGAGGCGGCGGCCACUGCCGGCGUUGUGCUGCACGAACGAUUUGUCGUUGCGGAGGGCUCUGGCGCUUAUGGGUUGCCACCCACACUGAGAGGGACCCGUGGGUCGGCAGGCCCCGUGGAGCCGCACGACCAGCGGCGUGCGGCCUUGGUGCAGGUCUGGGAGGUGGCUCUUGUGAUGCACGCCGCGGCAGCCCAGCACCUGGACGGCGAGGGGGCCCCACGUCUGGCGGCGCUGCUGUACGCCGCGGGAGAGCUUUCACCGCCGAUGACGCUAACACCGCCGCCCGAGCGGCCGACGGGGCACCGGGAUAUGCGGCACUACGAAAGGCACUCCGCGGUGGAAAUGGGCGCCUGGGCUGAGACGGUUUUGGGGGAGCCCGGCGCUGUAGAGGCGGCGCUGCGGGAGCUGCUGGCUGUGGUACGGCAAACUCAGCCGUACGGUGUCGGAGGUGUCCUAGGCCACUCCGCGCAGCUUUCAGUAGCAUGGUCCUCAGCGCCCGACCUGCACCGCCAUGGGAGGCUGAGCAGGGCCGUGUGGGAUGCGCUGCCCUUCACGGCGGCCUUGGUGGAGCCGAACGUCCCAUGGGUCGCUGCUGCGGCUCUGCUGUCCGACAUCUGUCGCUUGGCAGCAGCGACAUUUUACACGCCUACGGACUACUGGGCCAAUGAGCUGGCUGCCAGCCCCGGCAGCUGCUCCACUAAUGGCGGCCGGAGCCGCCGGAGGGUCAGCAGUAACAACAGCAACCGGCGCACUAACAGUAGCUACAGCCCCCAUGCCAAUGACCUGCUACUGCUAGUACGCGCCAUGGAGGUCCUACGGGGCCAGAGCGCUACUGCUACCGCUACCGCUAUAGCCGCGGCUGGCAGCGGCCGCCAGCUGUUGGCACUGGCGGCUGGGGGGCCCGGCUUGUCACUGCCCAGCACCACCACCGCCACCCUGGAGUCUAUUGUCCUGGCGUCCGCCUCCGCCCACUUGCGGCGGGUGACGGGCCAGCUCGCCGCGGAGGGGCGUCAGCCCGGGAUCGAUGGGAGGUGCGGCGGGGGAAGCGACGAAACAGGAAGCGACGUCCUCGACCUGCCGGUGUCUGCGCGCCUCACGGAGUACUUGGCGCGGCGGAGCCGCAUACCGGAUUGGCACCUCAUCUGGCGGCUGGUACGGCACCAGAACGCCGCCGCCGAGCUGGUUCCGCAGCCGUGGCGCAUGCAGCAGGGGGAUGACGGCGGAGGGGAAGCCGCUGCCUGGCCCGUGCGCGGCGCGGCGGCGGCGGCGGAGCGGGUGCUGCGCAGCGACGCCGAGGACUUGCAGCGGUGGUGUUGGCCCCGCACAGCCGUACGGUUGGCGGAGGCGCUGGCGGAGUCUACGUGGCUAGGCAGCGCCGAAACCACCGGAGCUGAUGCUACAGGCGACUGUGAUGCAGCGGCGGCGGCGGGGGCGGCGGCAAUAGCAGCGGCGGCGGAGAAGCUGCUCCUGCACGCGGCUCCGGCGGCAGUGACAGGGACGCGUUCCGACGACCUGGCGGCGACGUUGGCAUGGCUUCGGAGCGCUGCCGUACUUGAAGGAGGCCGCCGCCGUCACCGUCACAGCCCCCAACGCGGCGGCGGUGAUGGCGGUAAUGGCGUGCUGCCAGCGGCCAUUGCCUCCGUCGCAGCGCAUGCAGAAUCGCAGCUGCUGCUGCUGCUGCUGAAGCAGGAGCACCACCAUCAGCCUGAAGCGCAGCGGUGGCCACGACGGCAACAGGCUGCAUCCACUGCUCCUGCUACUUCUGUCGCUGCUGCUACAGCCUCACGUGAAUUGUCGUCGGUCUUCGACUUGGACGCGGACACCACCUCCGGAAGCUGCUGCGGCAUCGCAAGCAGUAGCAGCAGUAGUGGUGGUGACGGUGUCUCAACCGGUUCUGGGGACCUGGAGCUCCCCGCGCUCCCUGGAGGCAGUCAGGGAGGCGACGCCACCGAGCUGGCGGGGGUGAUUGAGGCCGUCGGGAGCCUGCUGGCGGCGGAUACGCGGCUGGGGGAGCUGCAGGAGAGCGGCCUGCCCGCAUCCCUCAUGGUUGCCUGCCUGCAGGUGCUGGCCGCCUCCGCCGCCUCCGCCGCCUCCGCCUCCGCCGCCUCCUCCGCCGCUGUGGAAUGGCUCCCGGCAAUGGAUUUUCCGUGUGUCGGUAGCCCGCCGGGGGGUCCCGGGGGGGCUCUGGGGGCUGGCAGUAAUGCUGUCGGUGGAGGUGGCGGAAGCGGAGGCGGCUGCAUCAGAGGAGCGGUUUUACGGAACGCGGCGGCGCAGGCGCUCGACUGGUUGGCGACCCGGCGGCGUUAUGUGCCGGUGGGUACGACACAUACGUCGUUGCUGCCACUGCUGACGGCAGUUACCACAUCACCACCACCACCACCACCACCACCACCACGACCACCACUUCGCGAACCGACAGCACCACCACCAGCUACAAAUACACAUGUGGGUGCUGGUGCCGCCGAGGGUGAUAGUGGCGUUGGCGGCAAUGGCGGCACAGGACUUUCGGUGUCGGCAGUGAAGAGAUUUACUUCAAGGCAGUACGGACAGCAACCGCAUCAUCAUGUGGCGACGGCGCUGCUAGCCGUGUCUCGUCUGAUCGCGGAUGAAGAGGCGGCGGCCGCGGCGGAGGAGGAGGAAGGGGAAGGGGAAGACGGUGCCGAUCCGGAGAUGCGGUCGAUGCGGCUGCAUCAGCUACAGGCCGCGGCGCGGCAGCUGGCGGAGGACUUGCGGCGCGCCCCGUCGGAAAGGUUGCCCCUGCCCCAGCUGGCGGACCUGUGUACGAGCCUCCGGGAGCUGGGACUGAUGGACGCACAGCUACUGCUUCACCUCACACAGCAACACAGGGAGCGGCGGCAGCAGCAGGGGAACAUGUGGAACAGCCGCCCGUACGCCGCCGCCGCUGCGGCAGCAGGCGGCGCCGGCUGUGCCGCCGUCGCAGCCGCCCAGCUGCUUUCUCUGGCAGCGGCCGUGCUGUGCUCGACGGCGGCGGCGGCGGCGCCGCCAGCAGCCGGGAGUUCCUCGCCGAUCUCCGCCAGAGUCAGAGCUGCCGCCGCCGCUGCCGCUGCGUCCGCGCCGCUGACCCGCAGUCAGCUGGCGGAUGCGGCCGCCGCGCGGGUGGUCUGGCUGGCGCCAGUGCUGAUGAGCCGUCGCGACGGCCUGGAGGCCGUGCCUCCGGAGAUGUUGGUCGCGGCCUGUUGUGCCGUACACGACCUUGGCGCAGCCGCAGGCGGCGGCGGCGGCGGUGCCGUACAGUGGUACGGUUCCGCGGACACCUGCUUGGCGGAGCUGGGUUCCGUUGUGACUCGCAGGCUGCUGGAGACGGGCGUGGAUGGGCUGCUGCUCCACCAGCUGGCCGCGCUGUCUCGCUGCCUGGCUCAGCUGCCAGCUGCCCGCGGGGCCCCCGGCAACCGCAGCCAGGAGGGGCCCCGCGACCGCACCCGCGACCGCGACCCCGGCCAAGCCAUCCAAGCAGCAGCAGCAGAAGCAGCAGUGGUCCAGGGAGGGGAGCGGCAGUCUGGAGGUGGGUGGCUACCUCGUUGGUGGUCGUGGCGGCCGCCGUUGGAACGGCCCGCGCAAGCUGAUAGCGGUGAAUGCCCAGAUCGUCGUGAAGGGCGGGAUUCUAGGAGUGGGCUGUCGCGCUUGGUCGGCGGCGGCGGCGAUGGCGGCAGCGGCGGCGGCGGCGGCGUCAACACCACUGGCGAGGCAGCGGCAGGGGCAAUGCCACAGGGGCUGGCGGCACUCGGGACGGGCGGGCGGGGACUUGAUGAAUCAAGGAGUGACGUGGAACUGCGGGAACGGGUACAGGAGGCCCUGCUGUGCCGUACGACACGCCGCGGCGACGCGUACGAGGCGCCGACGGAUGUUGCGUGCCGCGCGCUGCGCGACCUCGCUGUCGCCGGCACGCUGCGCACGUUGCCGACCCUGGCGGCAUCGCUGGUCGAUGGCCUUGUGUUCCGUCUGGCGGAAGACGCCGGAGUCGACGACCUCGCCGCUGUGGCGGCGGCGCUGGCGGCGGGCGGCAGUGACCCAUGGGUCCUGCACUGCGGCAUACGGGGCGUCCUAGACGAGCUCAGCAGCGGCUUGCAGGGCCGGCUGCGGCUACAGCCUGAGGAGGUGACGACGACGCACCUGAUGGUAAUGGCGGCGGAUAUGUACGACGUGGCGAUGGCGGCAGUCGCCGCGGGCGGCAGCAGCAGCGCUGCUGCUGCCGCCGCCACCCUGGCGGCGGGUAGCGCUGGCGUGCUGCGCGUGCUUAGCCGCGCGCUGGCGGCACGAGCCGAGCAGUUGCUCCCGGAUCAGGUCCUGGCUGUCGCUGCCCUGUUUUCGGCACCUCGACUACGCGACACGCAUCUGCUACAGCGCCUGACGGAGGCGGCAGCGUCAGCAGCGUCAGCAUGCACGGCGCCCUCAGCGGCGGCGGCGGCGGCUUCAGCUGGGCCUCCGGAGCAGCGGACGUAUACGGCGGAGCAGCUGCUUAGUCUGGCGCAGAGUAUGUAUUCUGCGGGGCUCCGAGACCAGCACAUGUUCGCUCCAUUGGCCCGGGCGCUGAGGGCGAGGGUGGAGCCAAGAAACCCCCGCGACGGCAGCCCGGGCGACAGCUGCACAUGUACGGCAGACGUCGGCAUGGAUGCACGGACGCUUCAGUCUGCCGCCUCCCUGCUCAGGGCGUUGAGGCUGAAUGCAGAUGCCGACGUACUGCAGCAGGCCUUCGUGGCGCAAGUGCGGGGCCGAGAUCAGCUGCCGCCGUCCUCCGCUCCGGCCAUGCAGCGCUGA